AUUUAAACUUCAAGUUAUUUGUAAAACAAGAUUGAGAAAAGUUUUCAAAAUAUUUUAAAGAUCUACUAAAGAAAAACGCAAUGGCUGCAGGUGAUCAUGUAAGCAUAAUGAGCAGUGUCAGCGACUCUGACCAGGAAGAUGACGAAAUUAAUGAACAAAUACAGACUGUUGCUGAAACACCAGUUCCAACUUAUUCCGAUGAAGAUUUAGCCCAACUGAUAACUUUUGUGCAACGUAUGACAAUAUUAUAUGGCCUAGAUCACCGAGACUGGACAGAAGAUGCAAUAUCUGUGAUACGUGGUUGGUUUCUUGGAGUAAAUGAACUGCUUCUGACAUUAUUUUAUGACCAAAACAAGUUAAUUGCUUCUCUAAGCUUCCCAAUGGUGCCAGUUGAGGGCUUGACAUACUUUAUGCGAAAGCCAAAUGAGAUUUUCGAUGUGGAAACCUUUCACGAUGAAGUUAUUUUUGGAACGCUACUUGAAAAUAUUGACAAGUCGUUUUUAAGAACCUUAACUCUAAUCUAUGCUCCGUAUUUUAGAAGUUUUACGAAAUGGAGUGAGAAUGUACGGCAUAGAUUCUUUAAUGCAUUGGAUAAAGUUUUAGCCAAUGUGACUGGAUUGCAUUAUAAAAUGGCUGGAGUUACUGUUCUUUACGUACCCAGUAUAAAAACCAAACAAAAUAAAGAUGUUGCUGCCAAAGAUCGCGAUCUGAUAAAGAGCCUUGAAGCUAUUGCUAUUCACUGGGGGAGUCAGAUAAGGACAUGUUUGGUAGACAAAGUUCUGGUGGCACCGCACAAACUGGUUUGUCCUAUUGAUGAAUAUGAGUUUUGGGUUUACCGAUAUGAAGUUCUUCAAUGCUUAAGUGUCCAGCUUCAUAGUGAUGGUGUACAAAAUGUGGUCAAUAUACUUCGAACAGGCCAGUCGGUGUACUUGAAGCAGAUUGAAGAGCUGAUACAGGAAUGUGACAGUGAACUACUGGAAUCGAAGUCAAAUAUUAAAUACAUACAGCUACUUGUGAAGCCUUGUCAAAUUUUAGACAGUGCCAUCACUCCAGCCGAUAUUCCUUCAAUGCUGCCUCGAUUUAUUCAUCUUAUUCGGUUUAUUUGGUUGAAUUCGGAAUAUUAUAAUAAACCUGAGCUCAUUACGGGACUGUUUCGAAACUUAAGUAAUCAAAUAAUAAAAUUUUGUACAUCACAAAUAAACAUCGAUAAAAUUCUGGGUGGCAAUCCGAGGUUUGGAAUCAUUGUGUGCAACUUGUCAAUAGAAUGCUGUCUGUCAUAUAAACUUAUAUUUAAAGAAAUUUGCAAACAAUAUAAGGAAACCCAUACCCUUAACGAAUGGCAUCUUGAUGAAGCUAUGAUUUUUAACCACGUUAAUGCUUUUGAAGACCGUUUGUUUGACUUAAUUGAUAUUUGCCAGUCAAUGAUAGUAUUUGGAAGAUUGGAUGAAACUGAAGUUAUUCCAAAACCAUUGUUUGGAGGAACGCGAGGGCCGUAUUUUGAAAACAAAACAGAGAAUGUCGAAAACAGUUUUAUGAAAAUUCUGGUAACAUUAAGGAAAGAUUGCAAAGCUUUAAUAUUGGACGUACAUAAAAAUGAGUGGUAUACAGAAGUUCUUAAGUAUCGCAAGAUGAUUUGCAGCCUGGAAGAGACCGUUCAACGUUUGAUGUCAAGUGUUUUUCAAAGUGUAUGCAAUGUUGAAGAGGGCUUAGAAGUCUUAGUGACGUUGCAUUUUUAUUCGUUUCGGAAUUCUUUACGAAAAACUUAUUUAAAGCAAGUCAGUGAAGUAUGGACAAUGUUCAUUUCCGAAAUUGAAACCACAAAUGAGAGACUCAAAGAACAAUCCCAAAACCACGAUUCUUGGGUUCCGAAGAGCGCAUCAAAAGUAGUGCUGUAUAGAACAAAUUUAGAACGUUUGAAAUGGUUACGAGAACGUCUAGAAUAUUCUGAAUGGUUACCUGAUGUCAGUUUAUCGAAAGUUGCAAUGGACAAAUUUAUUGUUUGUGCCGCUGAUUUCGGGAAGGAAAUGCAAAAGUCAUUUAAAUCUUGGACACAAACUGCUGAUGUUGAUUUCGUUUCAAAACUCAAUCGGACUCUUUUGAUUCGAAGCAAGCUUAAGAAAGGCCUCCUAGAAUGCAAUAUUGACCGAUCCCUCCUUCUAAUUUGCGAAGAAGCUCGAUAUUUUGCACAGAUGGGAUUCCAAAUUCCAACAACUAUAAAUAAGCAGUAUUCUAAAUAUUCUAACCUUAAAUUCGUCUAUAACAGUGUGUUAACGGUAUGCCUAUCAUACAAUCGUAUUUUGGCAGCACUGUCGCCAGGCGAAAGGAAACUUUUUGCAAUGCUUAUUCAAGGCUGUGAUAAGAAGAUUGCCCCAGGUAUCUUCAAGCUAAGCUGGGGUGGUGAAUUUAGCGAUGAGUACAUAGUUGACUGUGGCAAACAUACAGGAAGGCUGCAAAGUACAGUGGAUGUAUAUAAGAGGGCUAACUUCAACAUCUGCAGAGCGUGUGAAAAGAUUUGUAAUUUAACAUUUUUUAAUAUUACAAAUAUUGGAAAAUCUUUAGAGAUCUUCGAGAAAAACCUAGAUAUUCAAUGUAAAGCAAUUUCACGAAUAUUAUCAAAACAAUAUAAGUUCAUCCUUGAGCUGAUACUUACGGUUUUUAGAGAAUUUCAGGACGUUUACGAAGAGAUGAUACCACAAUGGACAUACUAUAUAAACCGUUUAGAUGAUAUGCUGGAAGCUUCUUUUCUCACCUGCGUUAAAAAUUCGCUAUCAAAUAUCCUCGAUGUCCUUCUGGGUAAGGGAAAUGCUGGAUCUUCCCAAAUAUUAUUUGUAAAUAUCGAUAUUGAGGAUCAAAAAAUUGUUUUUGAACCCACAACUCACAACAUAUCGCUAACAUUUCGAAGCAUACUCCCUAGAAUUACCAGAGUUUUAGAAGAAUUUCCACGGCUUUGGCAACAAUUUAAACUUUCUACUUAUUCACUCACAUUUGAUAAAAUUGUUACCAAUAAUUCGGAUUGCAUUGAACUCAGAAAGAACAUCAUGCACCAAGUUGAAUAUAAUAUUUUUGAGGUAAAUGCGUUCCUGGUAAAUUGGACCAAAUUUCAGCCAAUUUGGGAGAUGCACGAAGUAACAUUUCUCAAAAAUUGGGAACUUAAGGAACAGACUGCACAAGAAUUUAAUGAACAGAUAGCUAACUAUACGAAUUUGGCGAAUGAAGUUGCAGUUCAAGAAACAAUAUCUACAGUUCAUUCCAUUACACUUAACUCGAGCAAGCUGAAAAAUUCUAUUUUAGAUUUAAUCGACUAUUGGCAGGAUUUGAAUGUGAAAUUGUUGAAGAGGAAGGCAUCUUCUAGAAUUAAAGGCAUCUAUAAAUAUAUGCAGUAUAAUAGUGAGAAAGUAUCAAUCAUUCCAAGAACUCUGAAAGAAAUAAAAGAGUUAACAGCAUAUUAUGAACAGCUUGUCAAGGAAAUCGAAGUAAAAUCGAAUGAGUUUCCUGGUAUCUUAGCGCUUUUUAAAGUUCUUGACAAAUACCAGAUACAAUUCCCAUCAAAUACCUCUGAACUGGUUCAAAACCUUGAUUUAGAGUGGCAAAACUACAUAAAAAAGCUUUUAGAAGCUGAUGAAAUGCUGGGUAAUACAAAGGAAGAGUUUAAGGCAUCGCUUUUAAAUCAGUCUGAAAAAUUUAAGGUUGCAAUUAAAGUUCUCAUGGAAGAGUUUCUUGUUAAAGCCCCAACAUCAUCCCAUAUCCCUCCCAGAAUAGCUUUGAAAUACUUGGAUUUAAUCAAUGAGAAAAUCGAAGGAUGUUUCAAUUUCGAAAAGAGCCUGGGAUCAGAUUUAAAAUUUUUUGGCAUUGGUUAUUCAGAAAACAAAGAAUUAAAAAAAAUAGAUAGCGAAACAAAAAUCUUAUACCAUAUUUGGCAAUUGGUAAACGAAUGGACCACAUCUUGGAAUGAGUGGAAAAAUAGCAAUUUUUGGAAAGUUGAUAUCGACUUGAUCGAGGACACUGCUAUAUCACUGUACACUGAGUUCAAUCAACUUUGUAAAUCAUAUGCCGAUCGAAAUUGGGAAAUUUUGGAAACCAUACGAAAGAACGUCUUUGAGUUUCGAAAAACUUUACCUUUAAUAGCAGCCCUCAGAAAUCCAUCUAUGAGGCCACGUCAUUGGGAUAAUUUACGAGCAAUUAUGGAAAUAACAUUUGAUCAAAAUUCUAAAGAUUUCACUCUAGACAAAAUAAUGGCCUUGAAUUUCCAAGCAUUUUCCGAAGACGUUCUAGACAUUUCGAAUGCAGCAACGAUGGAGCUUCAAAUUGAAAAUGCUAUCAAAAAUAUCGCAGCAAUUUGGCAGGUUCAAAAAUUUGAGGUCACACACUACCGCGAUGAAAUUUACAAAAUAAAAAAUGUCGAAGAUUGUGUUCAGCUGUUAGAAGAGCAUCUUGUACAAAUUUCCAGCAUGAAAUCGACAAAAUUUGUUGAGCCAUUUAUUAAAGCGGUUGAUCAUUGGGAAAAAAAGUUGGCUUAUAUAUCCGAGACGCUCGAAAAAGCCUUAAGUGUUCAGCGUCAGUGGUUAUAUUUGGAAAACAUAUUUGCAGGUGAAGACAUUACUAAACAACUACCAGAAGAGGAUAUACGAUUUCGAGAAUUGACGACUGAAUGGGGUGCAAUAACCGAAAAGAUGUUUAACGCCAAAUCUGCGGUCAAGGCUUUCCACCAUCGCGUGCAUGGAUUUCUACUCAACCGUUGUACAGCUAUUGAAGAUGAAUUGGAAAUAAUCCAAAGAGCACUCGAAGUUUAUUUGGAAACUAAAAGACAACUCUUUCCAAGAUUUUAUUUUAUUUCAAAUGAUGAUUUGUUGGAGAUUCUAGGGAAUGCUAAAAGACCGGACCUAGUCCAAACUCACCUCAAAAAGCUUUUUGAUAAUCUGUAUAAAUUAGAGUUGAAAAAAAGUUUGGGAAAACAAACCCGUUGGCAAGCAGUAGGAAUGUAUGCAAACGACGGAGAGUAUGUGGAUUUUCUCAACGCUCUUUUUGUUGAAGGCCCCGCAGAGAAAUGGCUAGCUAGUGUCGAAAAUCAAAUGUUAGCGGUUUUGAAAAGCAAGCUAAAGCUUACUAGAACAUCUCUUAAGCAGUUAUCAACGAAUCGAGAAAAAUGGUUGAAAUCUUGGCCUGGUCAGCUGUGUUUGACAACAGCGUUGAUGGAAUGGACGACUGAGUGCACAAGGCGGUUGAUGCACUGCAAAAUUGUAGAGAGCAAGAAACCUCUGCGCAAGUUGAAACGCAAGCAGAAUAAGGUUUUGGAAAUUCUUUCCGAUCUAAGCAGAAAAGAAUUGCCAACUAUACUGCGUUUAAAAGUGAAUACGUUGAUAACAAUCGAGAUCCAUGGACGAGAUGUUAUUGAACGUAUGUACAAAAUGAAUUGCAAGGAUGUGAACCACUUCGAAUGGUUUUCGCAGCUUCGAUUUUAUUGGGAAAGAGAUUUAUCAAUCUGCAGCAUUAAACAAACCAAUACCCAAUUCACCUAUGGAUAUGAGUAUACAGGCAAUUCCGGUCGAUUGGUUAUAACUCCGUUGACUGACCGAUGUUACAUUACUCUCACAACUGCUCUUCACCUGAACAGGGGAGGCAGUCCUAAGGGACCUGCAGGAACCGGUAAGACCGAAACCGUGAAAGAUCUUGGCAAGGCUCUCGGCUUGUGGGUGGUUGUUACAAACUGUUCGGAAGGACUGGACUACAAGAGCAUUGGUAAAAAUUUUUCGGGUCUAGCUCAGUCGGGAGCUUGGGGAUGCUUUGACGAAUUUAAUCGAAUUAAUAUUGAAGUUUUGUCUGUUGUGGCUCAGCAAAUUUUGUCAAUCAUGACAGCCCUCGCAGCCAAACAGAAAAUGUUCAACUUUGAGGGACAGAUGAUCAGACUGAAACAUACCGUCGGCUUGUUUAUUACUAUGAAUCCUGGCUACGCGGGAAGGACAGAACUUCCAGAUAAUCUAAAGUCCAUGUUUCGACCUAUUGCCAUGAUGGUUCCUGAUAACAUAAUCAUAGCAGAGAACCUGCUUUUUUCAGAUGGAUUUCAAAAUGCUAGGAUUCUAGCUCGAAAAGUGUUCACUCUUUAUGAAUUGGCCAAGCAACAACUAUCAAAACAGUGCCACUAUGAUUUUGGUCUUCGUUCAAUGGUUGCUCUCUUGAGGUACGCUGGCAAGAAACGACGACAGCUUUCCGGAACCAUUGAAGAGGAAAUAGUAUAUUUGUCUAUGCGAGACAUGAAUGUUGCUAGAUUAACGGCGGAAGAUUUACCUUUAUUUAAUGGGAUCAUGGAAGACAUUUUUCCGGGGCUUGAAAUUCCAAUUGUGGAUUAUACCGAUUUCAAAGAAGCUUUAACUGCGGAGUUUCGAGAAAAUGGACUUCAAUUGAUUCCCAAUGCCAUCAAAAAAGUAAUAGAGGUUUAUGAAACUAAGAAUUCACGACACUCUACAAUGAUUAUUGGUAACACUUGUACGGCCAAGAGCGUGACUUGGAAAGCUCUUCAAGGUGCCUGCAAUAGACUAAAAGGUUUAAAGAAAGAAGGCUGGGAAAAUGUAACGGUAUAUCCCAUGAACCCGAAGUCAUUAAAUUUAGCAGAACUCUAUGGGGAAUAUAACUUAGCAACUGGAGAGUGGUUGGACGGUGUUUUAAGUCUUAUUAUGCGUACAAUAUGCAGCGAUGAAACAGCGUCACAAAAAUGGAUUCUCUUUGAUGGUCCAGUAGAUGCCGUUUGGAUUGAAAAUAUGAACUCUGUGAUGGAUGACAAUAAAGUUCUUACUUUAGUAAAUAGUGAACGAAUCACAAUGCCACCUCAGGUAUCUCUUCUCUUUGAGGCCUCAGACUUAGCUGAAGCUUCUCCAGCUACCGUAUCACGUUGUGGGAUUGUUUACAAUGAUUACGCUGAUUGGGGAUGGCGUCCAUUUGUAAAGUCUUGGUUAAGGAGACAAUCUCUCAAGGAAUAUGUCACUUUAUUACAAGAUCUUUUUGAUUCAUAUAUUGAUAAGAUAUUAGAAUUCAAAAAAGCUCGCUGUCGCGAAACCAUCAGGACCAAUGAGUUAAAUGUUGUAAUGUCGAUGUGUAAGCUUCUUGAGUGCCUCGCAACGAAAGCAAAUGGUAUAACAGGAGAAAAUAUUGAAAGUCUUGAGACCAUGACCAAGUUAUGGUUCCUUUUCUGCAUGAUUUGGUCAAUAUGCGGGACGGUGGACGAGGACAGCCGUUUAAGAAUCGAUGCCUUCCUACGAGAAAAAGAAAGUUGUUUUCCCAUAAAGGAUACUGUCUACGAUUACUAUGUUGAACCUCACUAUAAGACGUUUGUGCUAUGGGAGAAUAAGUUGAGUGAUAACUGGAAAUAUGAUCAAAGCGUACCAUUUUACAAAAUUAUCGUGCCUACAAUAGAUACUAUCCGGUAUGAGUACUUAGUGUCAAAGCUUUUAAUAGCAGGAAAUCCGGUUAUGCUUGUAGGAAAGGUGGGAACGGGAAAGACUUCAACAGCAAUAAGUGUAACCAAUGCAUCAAAUCGAGAAACCUACACAAUCCUUUCAAUUAAUAUAUCAGCAUUGACUUCUUCAGCGGGCCUUCAAGAAUCAAUUGAAAGUCGUACUGAAAAACGUACAAAAGUUUUAUAUGUGCCUAUUGGCGGAAAGAAGAUGAUUUGUUUCAUGGAUGACUUCAAUAUGCCAGCCAAGGAUACAUAUGGAUCUCAGCCAGCACUUGAACUCAUACGGCAGUGGCUUGAUUAUAAGUUUUGGUUCGAUCGAAAGACCCAGCAGAGAAUUUACGUCCAAAAUACGACUUUGAUUGCGGCUAUGGGACCACCAGGAGGUGGGAGGCAGGAAAUAUCACCCAGAACAUUGAGUAGAUUUUUCAUUAUCAACAUGACCUUCCCAACGGAGGCAAUAACUGCUCACAUUUUUGGAACCCUUCUUAAGCAAAAGCUUGGUGAUCAUGAACUAAGUGUUCAAAAUAUGUGGAAACCAAUAACCUUAGCUACAAUUGAUCUGUUCAAUGCGGUUUUCAAAAAACUCCUGCCAACGCCAACUAAAACGCAUUAUCUUUUCAAUUUGCGUGACAUUUCAAAAAUCUUCCAGGGCCUAUUACGUAGUGACCCGAAAAGCACAACGAAGAUCUUAACUAUUCAGCGGCUUUGGAUUCAUGAGUGCUUUAGAGUUUUCAGUGAUCGCUUGGUAGAUGAAUCGGAUCAAUCAUGGUUUGUGUCUGAAAUUAAUUUCACUAUUGGUAAACACAUGGAUACAACGUUCCAUAGCCUGUGUCCAAAUAAAAUAGUUCCAAUGUUUGGAUGUGUCUUAAGUCCACAAGGCUAUUACGAGGACAUUAUGAAUAUUGACAGCUUACGUAGUUACAUGACAAAUCGUUUGGAAGAGUACAAUUUAGCUCCAGGUUCAGCGAGAAUCAGCAUAGUCUUCUUUAGGGAAGCUAUAGAGCACGUAAUAAGAAUUGUGAGGGUUAUAUCGCAGCCCAAGGGACAUAUGUUGCAUAUUGGUAUUGGAGGAUCUGGGCGGCAAGUUCUGGCGAAAUUAGCUAUUUUUAUUUGCGAGUUUAACAUAUUUCAAGUCGAAGUUACAAAAAAAUACCGGAUUUCGGAAUUUCGAGAAGAUCUCAAGAGUUUGUACAAGAUCAUUGGAAUCAAAAACAGACCGUGUGUUUUUCUCUUUAGCGGUGAACAGGUUAUGGAAAGCUCGUUCUUAGAAAUAAUUAAUAACAUGCUUAGUACCGGCGAAGCUAAUCUAUUUAAGCCUGAUGAGUUUGAGGAGCUCAAGCCUGGCUUAGAACGCCAAGCUAAAAAGUUGGGAAUUACAGCUACAACAGAAGCAUUUUAUAACUUGUUCUCGCAAAAUGUGUGCAAUAAUUUACAUAUAAUAAUAUGCCUGAGCCCGAUUGGUGAAAACUUCCGACUUUUUUUGAGGCAAUACCCUAGCUUGAUAAAUUCAACCACUUCAAACUGGUUCCGAAUGUGGCCAAAAGAAGCACUUUUAGAAGUGGCUCAAAAGUUUCUGAUGGACAUACAGCUUAGCGUUGGUAUUCAAGGAAAACCUCUUUCGUCAAGCAAAGAAAGCCUUAAGUAUAUCAGAGAAGAUGAUGUACAAAAAAAUGUUGCAUAUGUGUUUUCAUUUAUUCACUCGAGUGUUGUCGACGUUUCUAACCUUAUGCUUAUUGAAAUGCAGCGCUAUAAUUAUGUGACUUCCAUAAACUUCCUUGAGCUUGUUUCAGGCUUUAAGAAGUUGUUGCAAUCGAAAAGAACAGAGGUAUCGACGAAUGCAAAUAAACUUCGAAAUGGGUUAUCAAAAAUUGACGAAACUCAGGAAAAAGUUGGGUUUAUGUCAGAAGACUUAAAAGUCAGCCAGGAACAGGUGAAAACUCUCACGAGUCAGUGUGAAAUUUUCAUAGCUGAGAUAGAAGCUCAAAGCCAGGAAGCUGAAGAACAAAAAGCUAAGGUUGACGAAGAAAGUAAAAUAAUUUCCCAAGAAGAAGUAGCGUGUAUUGAAUUGGCUGCUAUAGCACAACAAGAUUUGGACUUUGUUAUGCCAAUGAUAGAAGAUGCUGUUAAGGCAUUAGACGCACUCAAUAAGAAGGACUUGUCAGAGGUGAAAUCGUAUGGAAAACCUCCACCAAAAAUUGAAAAGGUCAUGGAAGCUGUUAUGAUACUUUUGGGCAAGGAGCCUACCUGGGAAAUGGCUAAGAAAAUGUUGGGUGAACAGAGCUUUCUUAAUGAUUUACGGACUUUCGAUCGGGACCAUGUUUCAGAUAAAACGUUAAAACGAAUAGCUCUCUUCACCCAGAAUCCAGAAUUGGAACCGGAAAAAGUAGCAACAGUUUCAUCAGCUUGUAAGUCAUUGAUGCUUUGGAUUAUUGCUAUAGAAAAUUACGCAAAAGUGUACAGAAUUAUGGCACCCAAAAAGGAAAAACUUGACAAAACUAUGCAAUCAUUAGCUGAAAAACAGAUGCUUUUGGCAUCAGCACGCAGCAAGUUGGAUGAGCUGAACUUGAAGUUGGAAGGAUUGAGAGCAGAUUUUAAAGAAAAAUCUGACCUUUUGGAGGACCUAAAGAAUAAAUCCGAAAAACUAAGAAAACAACUUGACCGGGCAAUUAUUUUGGUUGAGUCUUUGUCAGGAGAGCGCCAGCGUUGGAUGGAUACCGUUGAAUCUCUAGAUGUCGAUUUUGAAAAAUUGCCUGGAGAUUGUUUAAUAGCCACCGCAUUUUUAUCAUAUCUUGGGCCUUUUGAUUCAAAGUACAGAGAUUCUUUAGUUGAAAUGUGGCAAAAACAGAUUCAAGAAAAACAUAUUCCUCAUACGGAAGAUCUUAAGAUCACCCGAUUCCUGAGUGAUCCUGUCACCAUACGUGAGUGGAACAUCCAAGGUCUACCUCUAGAUGAUUUCAGUACUGAAAAUGCAAUAAUUGCAACCCAAGGGCCCAGACGACCACUGAUUAUCGACCCCCAAAACCAGGCCAAUUCAUGGAUUUGCAAUCUCGAAAGUCAAGAACUUAAGACCAUUGACUUUAAUCAACCUGAUUUUAUUCGCAUUUUGGAAAAAGCUAUGCAAUAUGGCUCUCCAGUUCUUUUACAAAAUGUUACCGAAAUCUUAGAUCCUGUUAUCAAUCCAAUAUUAAGAUCAACAUUCACAGUUCAAGGUGGACACAAACUCAUUAAGUUCAACGAAAAAUUUAUAUCUUUCAAGGAUACUUUUAAACUUUACAUCACAACCAAAAUAAGUAACCCACACUAUCCACCAGAGAUAUCUUCCAAGACUGCGAUUAUAAAUUUUGCCGUCAAACAGAGUGCACUUGAAGCCCAGCUUCUUGGGAUUAUAGUUCGAAAAGAGAAGCCAGCCUUGGAACAACAGAAAGAUGAAAUGGUAGUUACCAUAGCCAGAAACAAACGAACUCUUAUUGAUCUUGAUAAUCAAAUUCUUCGACUCUUGAACGAAAGCAGGGGAUCGUUGCUAGAAGAUGAUGAACUUUUCAACACUCUUCAAAAGUCUAGGCAGACUUCGGCCUUGGUAAAAGAGUCGCUAAGCACAGCAGAAAUAACAGAAAUAGAAAUAGAUAUUGCUCGCCAAGCGUACCAACCAGCUGCUGAAAGGGCUUCAGUUCUAUUUUUCGUUCUAACAGAUCUCGCAAGAGUCGAUCCAAUGUAUCAGUUUUCAUUAAAUGCUUACAUUUCCCUCUUCAAUAAGUCCAUAGAAAAGAGCCCAAAACAUCAAGUUAUUAAAGAACGUAUUGCUUACAUUAAUGAGUACCACACUUACGCAGUUUUUGUAAACACCUGCCGCGGCUUAUUUGAAAAACACAAACUUCUUUUCGCCAUCGAUAUGUUUGCGAAAAUUCUUCAAGUAUCUGGGCAACUGGUUGACGUGGAAUACAAUUUUAUAUUGAAUGGAGGGUUAAUUGUUAACAGACUUGAUCAAGCCCCAAAUCCUAGUCCAAAUUGGAUAACCGAAGAGAUAUGGGACAAUGUGACAGAGCUUGAUAAGGUUAGUGGUUUCCAUGGUAUCAUCAACUCUUUUGAGCAGUUCCCAAAACUUUGGCACGAAUGGUAUAGUAGCACAAACCCUGAAUCCGAAGAAUUAAUUGGCGAAUGGAAUGAGAAGCUCACGGACUUUCAAAAAUAUUGCGUUGUUCGAUGUCUGCGCCCGGACAGAAUUUCUUUUUGUCUGGCACAAUUUACAGCCACCAUACUUGGACCAAAGUUUGCUGAAGCUCCAAUUUUGAAUCUUAAAUCCGCCUUGGAAGAGUCCACAGCAUAUACUCCUUUGAUAUUUCUUCUAUCACCAGGAGUUGACCCAACCGGUGGCCUUAUAAGUCUUGCCGAACAAGUCAAUAUGGCCUCGAAGCUGUCCUCACUUAGCUUAGGACAGGGACAAGCUCCGCUUGCCACAAGGCUGAUUAUGGAAGGUGCAAAAGAAGGAAAUUGGGUGUUUCUUGCUAACUGUCAUUUGUCACUUAGUUGGCUUCCAACCCUAGACAAAAUUAUUCAAAUUAUCCAAUCCACAAAAGUUAGUAAAAAAUUCCGAUUGUGGCUAAGUUCUAACCCACACAGAGAGUUCCCGGUGUCAAUCCUUCAGACUGGCAUCAAGAUGACAACGGAGCCGCCACGAGGAAUCAAAGCUAACAUGAAACGAUUAUACAACAAUAUAUCUGAAGAUAAUUUAAACCAAUGCAAUGAUCCGAAAGUUUACAAGAAACUUAUUUUUGCUCUUUGUUUUUUUCACUCAGUCAUUAUCGAGCGAAGGAAGUUCCAAGAGCUUGGUUGGAAUGUUAUUUAUAGUUUUAACGACUCGGAUUUUGAAGUUUCUGAGAUUCUACUGUUUCUUUACAUAAACGAAUACGAAGAAAUCCAAUGGGAAGCUCUGAAGUAUCUUAUAGCCGGUGUUAACUAUGGGGGGCAUGUAACAGACGAGUGGGAUCGCCGUCUGCUAUUGACCUACAUUAAUAACUUUUUUACAAGUGACGCAAUAACCAUUCCAAAUUAUCGGCUUUCAUCUUUGCGGGCUUAUUUUAUACCACCGGACGGAGAUCUAGAAUAUUACAAGGAUCAUAUUGAACUUUUGCCUAACACUGAUAGGCCUGAGGCAUUUGGACAGCAUCCAAACGCAGAUAUUGCAUCUCUGAUUGGAGAGACUAAAGAACUUCUCGAUUCUUUACUUUCUAUUCAAGUGCAAACACAAAAAGCCUCUACAGAAAGUAUGGAUAGCAAGGUGUUGAGGCUAGCUCGGGAAAUUGAGACUAACAUUCCAGACGAAAUGAACUACGAUCAAACUGCAAAAGUUUUAGGGAAUAAUCGCACCCCUCUGGAUGUGGUCCUACUGCAGGAAAUGUGGAGGUACAAUGUUCUUCUCGCGAGAAUCAAAGUUUGCCUUAGGGACCUGCAGAAAGGUAUUCAGGGUUUGGUACUGAUGGAUAGUGAUCUUGAAGAUGUCCUUAAUGCUGUUUUUGAAGGAAGAGUUCCAAAUAUUUGGCUAAAAUCCUAUCCGUCUAAGAAGCCACUGGCUUCAUGGACUCGUGAUUUGGCGCUUCGUGUGGACUAUUUCAAUCGAUGGGCAACCACCUUAAAGCCUCCUGUACUCUUCUGGCUUUCAGCUUACACUUUCCCAACAGGUUUUCUCACAGCAGUGCUUCAGACAUCUGCUAGAGCUUCGAAGACUCCAAUUGACGAACUCUCAUGGGAGUUUUCAGUUUUUGUGGAAGAAGAAUCUGCCGUUGCUAGAAUGAUCCAAAGUGAAGGCGUUUGCGUGCGCGGGCUUUUCCUUGAAUGUGGCGGUUGGAAUAGAAAGGCCCGCUGCCUACAAGAUCCAAAGGCCAUGGAAUUGGUGUGUCCAAUGCCAGUUAUUCAUUUUAGGCCAGUAGAAAAUACGAAAAAGAAAACUCGUGGUAUUUAUCAGUGUCCCACCUAUUAUUUUGCUCAACGAUCAGGAUCUUUCAUAACGGUGAUCGAUCUUAAAUCCGGGGCAGAGUCUUCUGAGUAUUGGAUUAAAAGAUCUACUGCACUUUUAUUGAGUUUAAGCUCUUAAGGAUAUUCUACUUAAUUUGUUCAGUUACUUAAAUUUUGUUUUUAUAGUUUAAUUUAUCUUUUCACAAUAUUACUUCAAUGUUAUAAUAAAAAUACUCAAGAUCUUUUAUUGCAUUACGUCGUACUAUUCGUUCUCAAAAGAAAAUGGAAGCAGAGCUAAAGUUUCAAAAUAUUUAAUUUUAACAGUUCAAUUUUUUUGAAG